CAAAGACAAAAGAUCUAAGGUUAAAAACAGUAUGCAUCUGUCUACAGAGAGUUGUCCUGACUUAUAAUUUACAAAAGUUGUUUCCCUUCGCAAAUAAACCGCCAUAUGCGCUACUGAGUACACAGGUACUAGAAGUUAUACAAUAAUGCUUCUGCUGUAUGGGCUGGGAUGAAGUACAAUGGUUAUAGUUAUUGGGACCCUACCUGGCUGAAGAUCUUCCUCUCCUGGCUUGCAGUGGCUUUCUUCAUCAAUGAAUAUCUUGUAUACUACAUACAGAGCUACAGAUGGCCAACAUUUCCAAAUAUUCCAAGAAACAGUGAGCGAUACCAGGUACUGCUGUUGGUAGGAGACCCACAGAUACAAGGAUAUCAAGAUGAACGUAUAUUUCCUGCUGGAACUAUUGCCAGAUGGGACAUUGAUAGGUACUUACGGAAGACAUUCUCCUAUGCAUAUGAGUACAGUCAGCCUGAUGUGAUAGUGUUUCUAGGAGAUCUGUUUGAUGAGGGCAGUAAGGCUUCAAAGUUUGAGUACAGUGAAACAUUAGAUCGCUUCACACAUAUAUACCAUGAAACUAAACAUACCAAGACUAUAUACAUUCCUGGGGACAAUGAUAUUGGUGGGGAGGGGAGAGAUUUUAUGACAACACGGAAAGUGGAAAGGUUUGAACGAAAUUUUGGCAACAUGUCAGAAAUUAUCAAGUUUGGCUUUAUUGAUUAUGUCAAGCUUCACAUACUGACCCAUGCCCUGACUGAGGAGAAGGUGGCUGCAGCAGAGAGAUUAAGACACAAGCAGACGUCAAAAUAUACACUGCUUCUCAAUCAUCAAACAUUUAUGAUGGGACCAAAACAUUUUGUUUAUCCAAUAAUAAAACGGUUGCAACCAAAGUUGAUUCUAUCAGCCCAUUGGCACAAGGUUUAUAGACAGAUCACUACCAAAUCAAAUUCGGAGCUGUUUACCUGUGAUGAUUGUCUAAGAGAUGAUGAGUACAGCUGGACUGUAUCCCGUCAAGACAUGUCUUUUAUAAAAACAUUCCUGAACAUAGAUAUGAGUGGUGAACAUUCCAUGUUUGAACUAGCGGUACCAACUUGUAGCUACAGAAUGGGCAUGGUCAACAUAGGUUUUACAGUUGCCAUUUUAGGUGAGGAUGGCAGUUUACAGUUUGCAGUGCUAUGGUUGCCACGGAGAUACACAAUGUUGCUAGGAUAUCUUGUUGCCUUGAUUGUAUAUAUUAUAGCUUACUGUAUGAACAGAUGUGGAUCGAGGAGGAGAUAGCAAUUACAGAAACAACAGAAACAACAAUAAAUGAGCUACGCCAUAAGAAAACCAACAUAGUGCGUUUGCAACCAGCAUGGAUCCAGACCAGCCUGUGCAUCCAUGCAGUCUGGUCAGGAUCCUUGCUUUUUGCUCUCAAAGCCUAUUGCAAUUAGAGAAACUGUUAGCGAACAGCAUGGAUCCUGACCAGACUGCAUGGAUACACAGGCUGGUCUGGAUCCAUGAUGGUUGCAAAUGCACUAUGUUGUUUUUCUCAUGGUGUGACUCAAAUUAUCAUUGUAUCAUACAUAUAUGUAUAUAUAGCACACUUCUCAUAUAUACACAUUCAAAAGUGCUUUACAGAAUACAUUCCAAACAUAGUUAAAGGCAUGCGCUAGAAUUCCUGUAUAUGAGAUGGGCGAAAUUUUUCCCAAUUAUAGAAUUUCUUCCAACUUUAGAUAUUGAAGGACAACCAUCUAAGAAACAAAAAUAUGCAAUAAACAUCAUAGGUCACUGUAUUGAAAAAGAGAUAUCUGCCCUUGAAAAUGGCAUUUUUGGGGAAGUUUGAAGAAAUUCUAUUAUUGGGAAAAAUUUUGCACAUCUCAUUAUUAUACAGUAAUUCUAGUGUAGGCCUAUAAGGAUUCAAAUGUAGAAACUGCUGAAUAAAUUAACUAAGUAUUGAUUAGAAAUAUGGACAUGAAACCAAAGAAUAUACAAAUAUUGAAAGACCCCUUUUCAGUUUGCAAAGUAUUGUAAAAUGGGUUUUCAACAGUUACAAGAAACAAAGUGCUUGGUGUAUUUGCACCUCCACUUUGAUAAGGAGAUAGUCUUAUGGCGUUGAUAAGUAUAUAUGAAGUACUGCUAAUCAUACAUCAUGGUAUCAGUCCCUGGCAAAACUAUUGAAUAAUUAAUGAACUUUGUAUACCCUUGAUAAUCUGCUGGCUCUUAUAUAGCAGUGUGCAUUAUCACAUUAUAUCCUUAUACAAGUCGCUGGUCCAUAGUUGUGCUAUUGAUCAUUCUAUAGUACAGCACUGAUUUUUGAUGGACUAAAGUAUAAUCUUGAUGAUAAAUAUGUGAAAGUUUAUUUUUAAUGUCAUGUACCUGGUAUUAAAAUGUUUAUUGAAUGGCUUGCUGGUUAAUAGUCCUUCAGACCUCAGUCAAUAGUUCUGACUAUUGACCAGGAAGCCAUUCUGUCUAUUAUAUCUAUUUACUUGUAUAUGUAGAUGGUAUAUUAUAUGUAUUAACUUUUAUAUGUAAAUGGUUUUGGCUUACUUACUAUGAUGUUGUGAUGUAUACAACAGGUUGUUCUUUUGUAUAUUUAUGCAGAUGUAAAUUAUCACAACUUUGCUGUUAGCACACUACAUAUUUUAUUUUACAUUCCCAUUUUACAUUAUUUUUAGCUUGACUUUUAGAAAUUUUUCAAAAUGAGCGUUUGUUUUCACUCUUACCUGGAAAUCAGCCUCUAUGUCUAGAUAGUUUUGACAUGAAAGCAGAUUUCUCAGAACUGCUUGGCCAAAUGUUAUCUAACUUUACUCAUAUUUUUGGCAUCAUGAAAUAUCCACACAGGUCAUUAUUGCAUAACUGAAGCUUACAUUUUGUAGAAAUUUUAACAUAGAAAUUUUGUGGCAGUAUUGCAUCUAAGAAACUGUUUGACUGAAUGUUUCCAGUCUUCUUUACAGAACGGGUUUCAUAAUUAUGUCUUACAGUUGAUAAAAGUGUGCUCUUUUUCAACUUUCCAAAUUUUGGUAAAGGUUUUGUGUAUAAGCUAGUACUGUGGUAGUCAAGCUGGCUGUCAUUAGACAGCCCUUCUUCUGACUUUAAAACUGUGCAGCUUGUAUUUAAGAUCAAAACUUUUAGAUGAUAUUAUGAUUUUGUGUUGUGUUCAGUUUUUUUUUUUUACUUCUUUCAAAGUCAGUGAAAGACAGUUCUGAUCACCAUGGCCAAAGGAGAGUUGGUGCUGCAAGUUUCAGCUUGUAUAAUGGUUGUUUUUGAAUAUUUGUGAAUAAAUAAAACCAUUGAUGGGUUGUUAUUUGGGCUGUCUAAAUGCAUAUCAAUAGCGAAAAACAAAACUUGCUAAAAGCCAUCUUGGCACAGUUUUCAUGUUUUCCUUAGUUAAAACGAUACAAGUCUGUUGACUUAAAGUAGCAAACCUUAAAAAAACAAUAUGCUCAUUAUUUUAUUAUUUUAUUAAUUGAUUGUUAUUCAUUAAGCUACCUCAAGCUAGUCUGUGACAUUUAUUAUUAAUGCUGUGCAUGACAAACACAUUUACUAGUAAGCAAGUUUUUACAAUACUUUGAAAAAUAAAAAACAGCAAAUUAAGGAAUUCAUGAAAUCAAUCAGUAGCAGUUUAAUUGUAAAAUUGAAAGUGUAGUUUCAGUUGAAAAUAUUUUUGAAGUAUCCACUGUUUUUAACAUGUUUACUAGAUAUUCAUAUAUAAGAUUUUAUGUAGAAACCAGUUCUUACGGGCAUUUGGGAGUAUACUUAACUGACAUGGGAAGCCAGUCUGGUAAAUCUUCAUUCAACAACUUACUAGAUUAGCCUCCCCUGAAUCAGUGUUAACCUGUUUUAGUUCAGGAAUCAUGUGUAGAAUGUUUAUAUGGGCAAAUGCUGUAAUAUCUAAUACUAUAGGUCAGCUGAAAUCCUGAAUGGCUUGCUACAAAUUAAUGUUUUUUUUUAAUGACAAACUUAGGUUAGGCCAAAAAAAAAAAAAUGUUUAUUUCUCAGGCCCCGCCGCAUACGAUUUUGACCCACCGCAUCAAAAAUUUUUAUCAAAGAAAAAUUGAAGAAAUUUGCGAAAAGAGAAAAUUCAACAAAAAGAUGAGGACAAAAGAAGGAAAAUAUGUGAGUACGUACGAAUAAAUCAUCAAGAAUGGUACCUUUGUUCAUCAAUGUUUUUAAGUGGGUUAAAUAUGGAUGUACAUCAUUGGAUUUCAUAUAAAACGGGCAAUGUCGUUAAUAAAAAUGAAAAUAAAAAUGGAAAAAAUUCGCCGUUUUUUUUGGCCUUUUACAAGUGGUUUAUAAAUGUUUGCAUCUAGCUAUGGUUAAGAAAGUAAUGAUCAGAAUUUUGAAUUUUGAUUGUUCACUGCUCAGGACUAUUGACCCCCAAGUUUCAUUUUCUGUUGUAAUUUUUUUUUUCAACCAUUACGACACAUUCCCCUCUCCUAGUGUUUUUCCCAUUAUUGAUUGAAAUAUUUUUUUUUAUUGUCUUUCAAUCUACCCUUGAAAUGUGAUGCAUAAUGGGAUCACACGCUUUGGACAGUUGUCCACUCUGUAACAUGAGCAAGUCUUAGCUGUGUUCACCAAACAUAGUCCAAAAAUUUAUUAGAAUUAUAUCUUAAGUCAUGUUCAAAAACAAACUGAAUUGUCCCUGUUGGAGUAAUUUCCCUUGAAUCAGUGAAAAUUGACAGUGUCUGCUCUAUAGUAGUUCUUAUCCAGUGUUUACCCAACUUGGUUAGACUGUUUAUGGGCAUUAAAUCUGUGCCAGUUUCAACAAAGAGCUGAAAACUCCCAUGUCACUUGUGAUUUAUAGCCUUUGAAUUAUAAAUAUUGCUGCUGAUGGCUUCCAUAAAUUUUGUCCACUCACUAACAUGAACAAAUUUUAUCUUAUUUUCUACAAACUCAGAAUCUUUAUUGGUGUAAUCUCACAGCCAAGUUCAAUAACUAUCAAGUGGCUCUAGAUUUAUGUCCCUUGAAUUGGUGUUAUAUAGGAUUUGAAACUCUAGAUCCAGUAUUUUGAUAUAAGUAUCUAGAGUUAUGGCCCUUGAAUAAGUCAAAAUUGAGAAAAUUGAAAAUUUGUCUGCUCAAUGAGAAGAGUAUUUUGGAAGGCAAAAGCAAUUUGCUGUAAUGAGCAUAUGAGCCGUGCCAUGAGAAAACUAACAUAGUGGCUUUGCGCAUCUGCGCAGUCUGGUCUAUAGCAAUUAGAGAAACUGUUAACGAACAGCAUGGAUCCUGACCAGACUGCGCGGAUGCGCAGGCUGGUCUUGAUCCAUGCUGGUCGCCAACCCACUGUGUUGGUUUUCUCAUGGCAUGGCUCAUAUAUUUUGACUCUCUUGGUUUUUUUAUUUACACAUUCCAAACAAAUAUCUCAGUGCAUAAUGUAAAUAUAUACAAUACUAGUAACUCAUUAAAGGCAAUUUACAUAUUAGUCAUUAUAUAUUUAUCAAAAAUACUAUUUUUGUUUUGGUUUUAUUUCAUGAUCUUUUUACUGAUUUCUAAUACAAUUUCCUGUUUACAUCUGAUUUGGAAAGUAUUAAAUUAUGUUGAUAUGCAAAUAUAGAUACACAAUGUUGAUUAUCAUUUAUUUAAAAUGUAGAUGGUUGUCCAAAAAAAUUUAUUUAAAUGUGAAUUUAGUGUUUGUCUUGUAAUUAAUGUACAAGUUUAAAAUAAGGAGCUACUUUUGUUAAGAUAAGUAAAAAUGUUUGUAAUUUCCAAAGUGAAAUACUUUAAUAAGUCUCUGUGCAACUCUUCAUUUAGAUGAAAUAUCUGGCAUAUAUCA